GGUCGUCAGAAUCCGAGCUACACCGAGCUUGUGAAUGAAGUGUCAUAUGACGUGUUCGAUGCUGUUGUUGGUGAUGUUGCAAUUAUCACUAACCGUACAAAGGCCGCGGACUUCACACAGCCGUAUAUCGAGUCGGGUCUGGUUGUAGUUGUGCCCAUAAAGAAGCUAAACUCAAGUGCUUGGGCUUUCUUGCGGCCUUUUACUCCGCUCAUGUGGGCGGUCAUCGGAGUUUCCUUUCUCGUCAUUGGAGUUGUCAUCUGGAUACUGGAACACAGGCUGAACGACGAAUUUAGGGGGCCGCCAAAGAAACAGUUGGUCACCAUCUUUUGGUUUACGUUGUCAACUAUGUUUUUCUCGCACAGAGAAAAAACGGUGAGCACCCUUGGUCGGAUGGUUCUUUUCAUCUGGCUUUUCGUGGUUCUGAUCAUCAACUCAAGCUACACGGCUAACCUCACAUCGAUCUUAACCGUGCAACAACUUUCAUCUCCCAUCAGAGGGAUCGAUUCAUUGAUUGCUAGCAACGAACGCAUCGGGUUUCAGAUAGGAUCGUUUUCCGAGAAUUAUUUGAUGGAAGAACUCAACAUACCAAAAUCAAGACUUGUUGCCCUUGGCUCCCCUGAAGAAUAUGCUGAGAAACUUGGAGGAGGAAUAGUUGCUGCCAUUGUUGAUGAAAGGCCGUACGUCGACCUCUUCCUUUCAAACUACUGCCGGUUUCAAGUCGUCGGCCAAGAGUUCACGAAAAGCGGGUGGGGCUUCGCAUUUCCAAGGGACUCCCCGUUGGCAGUUGACAUAUCAACUGCGAUCCUAACGUUAUCGGAGAACGGCGUGCUUCAAAAGAUUCACGACCAUUGGCUGAAGAGAAAAACUUGCUCCUUGCGGAACUCGGAUUCGGACCAACUUCAACUAGAAAGCUUUUGGGGACUAUUUCUCAUCUUCGGAGUAGCUUGCGCUCUUGCUCUCGGUAUACACUUCUGUAUGAUGCUUCGGGAGUUUGGAAAACACGAUCCGUCACCGGAAAAGGGGUCUCGAUCGGUGCGAUUGCAGAGGUUUUUAUCGUUUGCGGAUGAGAAAGAAGAGAUAUCAAAGAGGAAGUUGAAGAGAAAGAGGGAUGGUAGAGAAGUUAACAGAUCAAACAGAAUUCAAGCAGAGGUUGAUGAAGAUCAAAAUUGUGAAUAAAUAAUGCCUCUAACUUGUGACAUAAAUUCAGAAUU